AAAAGUGACUUUAUUGGUGAACAAAGGCAGAAUCUAUGGGCAUUUGCCAUGGGGUCUCUAAAACGCAGCGUCGUUUUUAUCCUCAUUUUCCUGGAUGCAUCUCCCUCUCCCUUUCCCGAAAAAAAAGGAAAACUACUUGGAAGGUUCAGACUUCCCAAUCUGCCUGCGGCAUGCCCUCUUUAAUAUGCACCCCUCCUUUAGUACAGCAUCCGAUUUUCACAGCUCUGUUAAGUAUUUCUCCUUUUCGAUGUUCAGGACCUGAACAGGAUCUUGGCUUGGCAGCAGUCUGUGUCAACUAGUAACAUUUUCUGAAACUAAAGAUUUAUCUCAUUGCUUUCUCAUGUACAAAUCCCUCGCCCUAUCUCCAAGCAGAUUCACGUGUUGACCCUGUUCUUCCUGAUUCCUCUUUGAUUUUGGGAUUAUUCUCAGUGCCCUCAUUCCUGUCCUUUUGUAGCCAUUUCUGGAUUAGGAGGCCUGGCUGCCACCUGCAUCCCUUUGCUCAGCUGCAGAAUGAGCUGCACUCAGCAAGGUGUUGUGCAUGGGAAAAAGGGAUAUAUCAUCUGUUAAUGGGCCAUUGAGUCCCACUUCAUGACUGGUAAAAUUACAUCAUCCCACUGGGAGAUGCUCCAGCCAGGGGAAGGAGCCAAACCUUUUCUACCUAGAUAAAAACUGAGAUUUGGAACAUCAGGGCAGCCUUUUUCCCUGGAUUCCAGAGGAAAACCAGACCAUUCCACAUCAUCACUGGCGCUUCAGAGGAAAACUGCAUCCUUCUACAGGAGCACUGCUUCAACAGAACCACAUCUGUCACUCCAGGAGGACUGCAGCCACCAUUUAAUUGGACUGCUACCAACACCCUGACUGACAGAGUGUCAGGUUGUAUUCUGACUCGGAUUUUUCAUUCCCAAAGUGUGGGGGAAUGGAGAGGGCAGAAAAGCCCCAGAGAUCCCUCACAAGGAGAGGGAAAUUCAGCCCAGGGAGCUGUGAGGAGGAAAGACCCUCCCUGAGCCGGGAACGCAGCCGGAGAUCCAGGCAGAGCUCAGAGCUGGUGGAGAAGCCUCAAGGAGGGGAGAAGCCCCACAAGUGCUUGGAAUGUGGGAAGGGUUUCAGCUACAUAUCCAAGCUGCUCCGGCACCAGAGGAUCCACACUGGGGAGAAGCCCUAUGAGUGUGGGAAAUGUGGGAAGAGCUUUACAAAUAUUUCUUAUCUGCUGCAGCACCAGAUGGUACACACUGGAGAACAGCCCUACACCUGCUUGGAAUGUGGGAAUAGCUUUAGGUGGAUGUCUGGCCUGAGAAGACACCAGCGCAUCCACACCGGGGAGAGGCCCUAUGAGUGUCCUGUGUGUGGGAAGAGGUUUCAGACCAGCUCCGAAUGCCUCAGACAUGAGCGGAUUCACACAGAGGAGAGGCCCUUCCGCUGCCCCGAAUGCAGGAAGGGAUUCAAGCACAACACCACCCUUACCAAACACCGGCGCAUCCACACUGGGGAGAGGCCCUACAAGUGUCAUGAGUGUGGAAAGAACUUCUCACAUAGCUCAACCUUGACCCGACACCAACGGACUCAUGGAGGGGAGAAGCCCCACAAGUGCUUGGAAUGUGGGAAGGGUUUCAGCUGCAUAUCCAAGCUGCUCCGGCACCAGAGGAUCCACACUGGGGAGAGGCCCUAUGAGUGUGGGAAAUGUGGGAAGAGCUUUACAAAUAUUUCUUAUCUGCUGCAGCACCAGGUAGUACACACUGGAGAACGGCCCUACACCUGCUUGGAAUGUAGGAAUAGCUUUAGGUGGAUGAAUGAUCUGAGAAGACACCAGCGCAUCCACACCGGGGAGAGGCCCUAUGAGUGUCCUGUGUGUGGGAAGAGGUUUCAGACCAGCUCCAAAUGCCUCAGACAUGAGCGGAUUCACACAGAGGAGAGGCCCUUCCGCUGCCCCGAAUGCAGGAAGGGAUUCAAGCACAACUCCACCCUUACCAACCACCGGCGCAUCCACACUGGGGAGAGGCCCUACAAGUGUCAUGAGUGUGGGAAGAGCUUCUCACAGAGCUCAUCCUUCACCCAACACCAACGGACUCAAGGAGGGGAGAAGCCCCACAAGUGCUUGGAAUGUGGGAAGGGUUUCAGCUACAUAUCCAAGCUGCUCCGGCACCAGAGGAUCCACACUGGGGAGAAGCCCUAUGAGUGUGGGAAAUGUGGGAAGAGCUUUACAAAUAUUUCUUAUCUGCUGGAGCACCAGGUAGUACACACUGGAGAACGGCCCUACACCUGCUUGGAAUGUAGGAAUAGCUUUAGGUGGAUGAAUGAUCUGAGAAGACACCAGCGCAUCCACACCGGGGAGAGGCCCUAUGAGUGUCCUGUGUGUGGGAAGAGGUUUCAGACCAGCUCCGAAUGCCUCAGACAUGAGCGGAUUCACACAGAGGAGAGGCCCUUCUGCUGUGCUGAAUGUGGGAAGGGAUUCAAGCACAACUCCACCCUCACCGACCACCGGCGCAUCCACACUGGGGAGAGGCCCUACAAAUGUCCUGAGUGUGGGAAGAGCUUCUCACAGAGCUCAUCCUUGACCCGACACCAACGGACUCAUGGAGGGGAGAAGCCCCACAAGUGCUUGGAAUGUGGGAAGGGUUUCAGCUGCAGCUCCUGGCUGAUCCAGCACCAGAUGAUCCACACUGGUGAGAAGCCCUACAAGUGUGGGGAAUGUGGGAAGGGUUUCAGCCGCAGCUCCAAUCUGUUGCGGCACCAGGUGAUCCACACAGGGGAGCGGCCCUACACCUGCUUGGAAUGUGGGAAGAGCUUUGGGGUCAGCUCUGACCUGAGAAGACACCAGCGUAUCCACACUGGGGAGAGGCCCUACAAGUGUCCUGAGUGUGGGAAGAGGUUUCAGACCAGCUCCGAUCUCCUCGUACAUGAGCGGAUUCACAGAGAGGAGAGGCCCUUUCGCUGCCCCGACUGCGGGAAGGGAUUCAAGCACAACUGUCAUCUCAUCAGACACCAGCGCAUCCACACUGGGGAGAGGCCCUACAAGUGUCCUGGGUGCGGGAAGAGCUUCUCCACAAGCUCAGCCUUGAUCCAACACCAGCGGAUUCACACAGAGGAGAGGCCCUUCCACUGCCCUGACUGUGGGAAGGGAUUCAAGCACAACUCCACCCUCAGCGCCCACCGGCGCAUCCACACUGGGGAGAGGCCCUACAAGUGUCCUGUGUGUGGGAAGAGCUUCUCCAGGAGCUCUCACUUGACCCAGCACCAAUGGAGGCUCCACUAAGGGAAGCCCCGUGAGUGCCCCGAGUGUGGGAAGAGCUUCGUCCAUAGCUCAAAUCUGAGCCACCACCAGAUUAUCCACACUAGGGAACGGCCCUAUGAAUGUGAGGAAUGUGGGAAGAGUUUCAGCUGGAGCUCCAGCCUGAGCCAACACCAGAUGAUCCACACUGGGGAACGUCCCUACAAGUGUGGGAAAUGUGGGAAGAGUUUCUUCACAAUAUCUGAUCUGAUGCAGCACCAGGUGAUCCACACAGGAGAACGGCCCUACACCUGCUUGGAAUGUGGAAAGAGCUUUGGGGACAGCUCCAACCUGAGAAAACACCAGUGCAUCCACACAGGAGAGGGGCCCUAUGAGUGUGGGAAGAGGUUUCAGACCAGCUCCGAUUGCCUCAAACAUGAGCGGAUUCACACAGGGGAGAAGCCCCACAAGUGCUUGGAAUGUGGGAAGGGUUUCAGCUACAGCUCCGAGCUCAUUCGACACCAGAGGAUCCACACUGGGGAAAAGCCCUAUAAAUGUCAGGAAUGUGGGAAGGGUUUCAGCUACAGCUCUAGCCUCAUCCGGCACCAGCUGAUCCACGCUGGGGAAAAGCCUUACGACUGUGGGGAAUGUGGGAUGCGUUUCAGAGACAACUUCCAUCUGAUCCGGCACCAUGUUAUCCACACUGGGAAGAAGCCCUAUGAGUGUGGGGGAUGUGGGAAGAGCUUCAGCAACAGCUCCAGUCUGAUACAGCACCAGGCGAUCCACACAGGGGAACGGCCCUACACCUGCUUGGAAUGUGGGAAGAGCUUCGGGUGGAGGUCUGCCCUUAGAAACCACCAGCGCAUCCACAUUGGAGAGAGGCCCUAUGACUGUCCCAAGUGUGGGAAGAGUUUUCAGACCAGCUCCAGUCUUCUCGUACAUGAGCGGAUUCACACAGGGGAGAGGCCCUUCCGCUGCCCCGACUGCGGGAAGGGAUUCAAACGCAAUGACAGCCUCACUGUCCACCGGCGCAUCCACACUGGGGAGAGGCCCUAUGAGUGUCCUGAGUGUGGGAAGAGUUUCUCACAGAGCUCUAACUUGACCCAACACCAACAGAGGCACCACUAAGGGAAGUCCUGCGAGUGUGGGAAGAGCUUCGCGCUCUGCUCCAGCUCCAUCCCUGUGAGAGGAUCUGUGUUGGAUGAUCCCCAGUAACCCCUGUUGGGCAGAGUCCUGGUAAUCCAUGGUCCUGGUGAUCCGUGUUCGGUGUGGGGAAGGGGACUGAAAGAUUUCUUGUCCUCCUUCUUUUACUGCUCUGAUUUCUUUGGUGAUAAAUUCACUCACUGUGCCCAGGCUGGUCCCCUGCCGGUGCUCGGGGCGGGAUCUUCUAACUGUUCCUUCUUUCAAGUCCCGGGCCUCUCCUCAGCCAAUCAGAGAAUACAUUAAAAUAAUUGAGCCAAUCAGA